CGGGCGCGCCGCGGGAGCAUGGUGGGCUGGCGGGCGGCGGUGCUCUGGCUGUGGGUCGCCUCGGGCGCGGCCGCGGGGCAGCUGGAGUACGCGGUGGUGGAGGAGGUGGAGCCGGGCGUCGCCGUGGGCAACGUGGCCGCCGACUUGAAGUUGCCCGCGGCUGCGCUGCCCUUGAGGAACUUCCGCUUCCUGUCCGGCCACCGCGAGCCCUACUUCGGGGUGGACCCCGGGAGCGGCAGCUUGGUGGUCCGCGAGCCCGUGGAUCGCGAGCGGCUGUGCGGCCCCCGAGCCGCCUGCGUCCUGACCUACGAGCUCGUGCUCCAGGACCCCGUGGAGCUGCACACGAUGCGAGUUCACGUCCUGGACGCCAACGACAACGCCCCCCUCUUCCCCGCCGGGGACGUGCGGCUGCACAUCCCCGAGUUCCUGACCCCCGGAGCCCGCUUCCCGCUCCCCAACGCCCACGAUGCCGACGAGGGGAGCAACGCCGCGCUCAGCUACCGCCUCAGUGCCACCCCGCAUUUCCGCCUGGAGAUGGCUUCGCGGGGGGACGGCAGCACGUACCCGGAGUUAGUGUUGGAGAAGGCGCUGGACCGGGAGCAGCGGGUCUCCCACCCGCUGGUGCUCACGGCGCAGGACGGGGGGCGGCCGGCGCGCUCCGGGGACGCCCGGGUCACCGUCGUCGUGGUGGACUCCAAUGACAACGCGCCCGUCUUCCAGCGCUCCGUGUACCGCACCAGGGUUCCCGAGACCGCGUCCAACGGGACCGUGUUAUUUCAAGUCCAGGCCUCGGAUGCGGAUGAAGGCGCCAACGGCGAAGUCUGGUACUCCCUAAGCAACAGCACCCCCGCGGAGUGGAGGCACCUCUUUCACGUGCACCCGAAAAGCGGAGAGGUGCGGGUCGCUGCCUGGCUGGGCCCCCCCGAAACAAGACUGGAAGCCUACGUAGAAGCAAGAGACCAAGGCGCUUUCAGCCUAGCCAGCACCGCUAAACUGCUGGUGGAAGUCUCUGAUGUGAACGAUCAUGCCCCGGAGAUGGGCUUCGUGACUGUCUACAGCCCCGUGCCCGAGGAUGCCACCCCCGGCACCGUGAUUGCCCUCCUGAGUGUGACAGAUGAGGACCUUGGUCUCAAUGGUAGGGUCAUUUGUAGCAUGGCCAGCAGUGGGCCUUUUCAGUUGAAGGCUUCUUUGGACAACUACUACAGCCUGCUGACGGAUGGGCCCUUGGACCGGGAGCAGACAAGUGAAUACCAGGUCCUGAUAACUGCCUCGGAUGGUGGCACCCCCCCGCUCAGCACCCAAAGGACACUCACGGUGUCAGUCGCUGAUGUGAAUGACAAUACACCCAGCUUCCAUCAAGCACACCAGGAGCUUUUUGUGGCUGAGAAUAAUGGCCCCGGAGCCUCUUUAGGCCGAGUUUUUGCCAAGGAUCCAGACUUGGGGAUGAAUGGCCAUGUCUUUUAUGAGCUGUUGGACGUUAUUUCUGAAGGGUUGCCAGCCUCUAGCUUAGUGGUAGUGGAGCCGUCCAGUGGGGCGAUUACUGCCAAAACUUCCUUUGACUUUGAGCAGCUCAGGGGCUUUCACUUUCAGGUGGAAGGCCGGGACGGGGGCAUUCCUCCUAGAAGUGCAACCGCGACCGUCAAUUUGUUUGUGAUAGACAGGAAUGACAAUGCUCCGAUCAUUUUGUUUCCCUUGCCCAGAAAUGGCUCUAUCCCAGUGGAAAUCGUACCUCGCUCUGCCAGAACUGGACAUUUGAUCACAAAAGUAGUAGCAGAGGACGCAGACAGUGGUUCCAAUGCCUGGCUCUCCUACCACAUCUCCCAGGCUUCUGACCCUAACCUCUUCAGUAUUUCAGCUCAUAGGGGAGAGCUGCGUACUGCACGUUUAGUUCUUCCCACAGACGCAGUUAAGCAGAGGGUGGUGGUAGUGGUUCAGGACCAUGGAGAGCCGCCGCUUUCCUCCUCUGUCACUGUGGGUGUGCUGUUGAGUAACUCGGCCCCUCAGAUCCUUCCAGACUUUGAAGAUGUGUGGGAACCAGGAGGACAGCUUUCUGGGCAGAACUUGUAUUUAGCAAUUGCCUUGGCCUGCAUUUCCUUCUUGUUUCUGGGGUGCUUACUUUUUUGUGUGUAUACCAAAUUGAGACAGAAGCCAGGUUGUUGCUCCCAGAGCUGCUGUCACUCUUCCAAGGAUCUGAAGCAUGGAAGAAGGAUGACUUCUAAUCCUUACAUGACAUCAGCCGCCGUAGAUAUCACUACAAUUGAGAGACUUUCUCAAACCUAUCUCUACCGGGCCUCUCUGGGGCUUGGUUCUGAUAAUAGCAGUUUAUUUUUCUGUGGGGAAUACAACGCUACUGACCUGAGAAAUCUGGCCACUGGUGUAGGACUGAAUAUGCCAAUAUCCUGUGUUCAGAUUCGCAACAGGAAAGGAGAUCAUGCAAAUGUCAGUAUCAUGGUAAGCGACAUUUUUUUGGAUUUGAUUCCUGUGACCAGGAAAUAGAUGCUAGGGGUUCUGAAAUAUUUCUUAGAUAAACAUUUGAUAACGUUUAGUCAGUUAAAGUGAGCAACUCUUAACCAAGAAUUCUGGGACUAGAAAAGUAUUAGAAUAUUGUUGUGGCCCAAAAGGAACUUAAAGUUUGUUUUUGAGCA